CGGGGCGGGCGCAGCCAUGCAGCGCAGCGGGCGCCGCCGCCGGCACUGAGCCCGCCCGGCCCCCGCCCCGCCGUACCCGCCAGAAUGGACUGCUGAAUUGAGAAUUAUUGCAGACCCAACAGUACAGCACUGCUCAUUGCUUCAUCUAUCACUAGUUAUUUAAAUUGGACUUUUAAUAUCCUGCCAGCUGCUGUUCACACACACAUGGUGCAUUGUUGCCAUUCUCAGAAUUGCAUCUUUGAAACCCAGGCCCUCAGUAACCUUCACUGAACAAAGAAGUGACCUCCUGCAUACAUUCAUAGAGGGAUUUUUUGGACUGUCUGCCCUCUAGCUUUCUUGUUAGUGCUGUGUUUCUGAGACACUAUGGAGCCCAGUAUGGAGUACUGCUUAGCACAGGUGCUGCAGAAGGAUGUUGGGAAGAGACUUCAGGUUGGCCAGGAAUUGAUAGAUUACUUCUCAGAUAAACAGAAGUCAGCUGAUCUGGAACAUGAUCAGACGAUGCUGGAUAAAAUGGUUGAUGGACUGGCCACCUCCUGGGUGAAUUCCAGCAAUUAUAAGGUGGUGCUGCUGGGGAUCGACAUCAUCUCCGCACUGGUGUCCCGCCUGCAGGACCGCUUCAAGGCUCAGAUCGGCACAGUGCUGCCCAGCUUGCUGGAUAGGCUGGGGGACUCCAAGGACUCUGUGCGGGAGCAGGAUCAGUCCUUGCUGCUGAAAAUCAUGGAACAGGCUGCUAAUCCUCAGUACGUGUGGGAUAGGAUGUUAGGAGGAUUCAAACACAAGAAUUUCCGGACAAGAGAAGGGAUCUGUCUCUGCCUUAUUGCAACACUCAAUGCAUCUGGAGCUCAGAGUUUAACUCUGAGUAAGAUAGUGCCGCAUAUAUGUAACUUACUUGGAGAUCCAAACAGCCAGGUUCGAGAUGCAGCAAUAAACAGCCUUGUGGAAAUUUACAGACAUGUUGGUGAACGUGUAAGGGCUGAUCUCAGCAAAAAAGGAUUACCCCAAUCUCGAUUGAAUGUAAUUUUCACAAAAUUUGAUGAGGUCCAAAAAUCUGGAAACAUGAUCCAGAGCUCAAGUGAUAAAAAUUUUGAUGAUGAAGACUCUGUGGAUGGGAACAGACCUUCCUCAGCUAACUCCUCUACGUCUUCAAAGGCCCCUGCAAACUCACGUAGAGUUGGAAUGGGGACUACUCGCAGACUUGGGUCUGCAGCUCUGGGAUCCAAGUCCUCAACAGGCAAAGAGGGAGCAGGUGCUGUGGAUGAAGAAGAUUUCAUUAAGGCAUUUGAAGAUGUCCCAACAGUUCAAAUUUAUUCUAGCCGGGAUCUUGAAGAAUCCAUAAACAAAAUAAGAGAGAUACUAUCUGAUGAUAAACAUGACUGGGAACAGAGAGUAUCUGCUUUGAAAAAGAUCCGCUCCUUACUGUUGGCUGGAGCUGCAGAAUAUGAUAACUUCUUCCAACACUUGCGACUCCUGGAUGGAGCAUUUAAAUUGUCUGCUAAAGACCUGCGAUCUCAGGUAGUGCGGGAGGCUUGUAUCACGUUGGGACAUUUAUCAUCAGUUCUGGGAAACAAGUUUGAUCAUGGGGCAGAAGCCAUUAUGCCAACAAUCUUUAAUCUAAUUCCAAAUAGUGCCAAAGUCAUGGCCACUUCUGGUGUUGUAGCAGUUAGAUUAAUCAUUCGACAUACACACAUCCCUCGACUAAUACCCAUCAUAACCAGUAAUUGUACCUCCAAGUCUGUUGCGGUUAGAAGGCGCUGUUUUGAAUUUUUAGACCUGCUGCUGCAAGAAUGGCAAACCCACUCUCUAGAAAGACACAUAUCAGUGUUAGCUGAAACAAUAAAGAAGGGAAUUCAUGAUGCAGACUCUGAAGCCAGGAUAGAAGCAAGAAAGUGUUACUGGGGUUUCCACAGUCACUUCAGCAGAGAGGCAGACCAUUUGUACCACACCUUGGAGUCCUCCUACCAGAAGGCCCUGCAGUCGCAUUUGAAGAACUCUGACAGCAUUGUGUCCUUGCCACAGUCAGAUCGUUCCUCCUCCAGCUCCCAGGAGAGUCUCAACCGUCCACUGUCUGCCAAAAGAAGUCCUACUGGAAGUACUACAUCAAGAGCAUCUACAGUAAGUACAAAAUCUGUGUCAACACCAGGAUCUCUGCAGCGAUCCCGCAGUGACGUUGAUGUGAAUGCAGCAGCUAGUGCCAAGUCAAAAGUGACAUCUUCUGGAGCAUCCACCCCCUUCAGUUCUGCUGCAGCCCUGCCCCCAGGCUCAUAUGCAUCACUAGGUCGGAUUCGUACAAGGAGGCAGAGCUCUGGCAGUGCCACCAGUGUCACCUCAACACCUGCUGAUACCCGAGGCCGCAGCCGGGCUAAAGUGGUUUCCCAGUCCCAGCGAUCCAGAUCAGCUAAUCCUGCUGGUGCUGGUAGUCGGUCUAGUUCUCCGGGUAAGCUGUUAGGAAGCACCUAUGGUGGCUUGAGCAGUGGAACAUCCAGAGUUCAACCUGUGCCAUCAUCUUCAGAGAAGCGCAGCAAGAUCCCCCGGAGCCAGGGAUGCAGUCGAGAGACGAGUCCCAACAGAAUAGGACUAGCACGGAGCAGUCGUAUCCCCCGACCCAGCAUGAGUCAGGGGUGCAGCCGUGAUACCAGCCGUGAGAGCAGUCGAGAUACAAGCCCUGCUCGGGGCUUUCCUCCACUUGACCGGUUUGGACUCGGACAGUCAGGCAGGAUGCCUGCUUCUGUGAAUGCCAUGCGAGUCCUGAGCACAAGCACAGACCUGGAGGCCGCUGUGGCUGAUGCACUGAAAAAGCCAGUGAGAAGAAGAUAUGAACCCUAUGGGAUGUACUCUGACGAUGACGCUAACAGUGAUGCAUCAAGCGCUUGCUCAGAGCGCUCCUAUGGUUCCAGGAACGGAGGCAUUCCACACUAUCUGCGGCAGACCGAAGAUGUGGCCGAGGUCCUGAACCACUGUGCCAGCUCCAACUGGUCUGAAAGGAAGGAGGGCCUCAUAGGUCUCCAGAACUUACUGAAAAGCCAGCGGACGCUGAGCCGAGUGGAAUUAAAAAGGCUGUGUGAAAUAUUUACUCGCAUGUUUGCUGACCCUCACAGCAAGAGAGUCUUCAGCAUGUUUCUGGAAACCCUGGUUGAUUUCAUCAUCAUUCACAAAGAUGACUUGCAGGAUUGGCUUUUUGUUCUCCUGACACAGUUGCUGAAGAAAAUGGGAGCAGAUUUGCUGGGGUCUGUGCAGGCAAAAGUUCAGAAAGCUCUGGAUGUCACCAGGGAUUCUUUUCCAUUUGAUCAACAAUUUAACAUUUUGAUGAGGUUUAUUGUGGAUCAGACCCAAACACCAAACCUCAAGGUGAAAGUAGCUAUCCUGAAAUAUAUUGAAUCCUUGGCAAGACAGAUGGAUCCAACAGACUUUGUGAACUCUAGUGAGACAAGACUUGCUGUGUCUAGAAUUAUAACUUGGACAACAGAACCAAAGAGCUCAGAUGUGAGAAAGGCAGCGCAAAUAGUCCUGAUUUCUCUCUUUGAACUGAACACUCCUGAGUUUACCAUGUUACUUGGUGCCUUGCCAAAAACAUUCCAGGAUGGUGCUACCAAGCUCCUGCAUAACCACCUCAAGAACUCCAGUAACACCAGUGUGGGUUCCCCCAGCAAUACUCUUGGUAGGACUCCCUCUCGGCACUCCAGCAGUAGAACCAGCCCCUUGACUUCACCUACCAACUGUUCCCAUGGUGGGCUGUCCCCAAGUCGGUUCUGGGGUUGGAGUGCAGAUGGGCUGUCGAAGCACCCCCCUCCCCUUUCUCAGCCUAACUCCAUCCCCACCGCUCCUUCCCACAAGACUUUCAGACGCUCUUAUUCUCCCAGUAUGCUGGAUUAUGACACGGAGAACCUAAAUUCUGAUGAAAUCUACAGCUCUCUUCGUGGAGUCACAGAAGCAAUUGAAAAGUUCAGUUUCCGUAGUCAAGAGGACCUGAAUGAACCAAUCAAACGUGAUGGGAAGAAAGACUGUGACAUGGUAUCUCGAGAUGGUGGCCUUGCUGUACCUACCAGUGAUGUCCGAGGAGGUAGUGAUACUGUAGAAGGAGGAAGGAUGGCUCUAGAUAACAAAACCUCCCUACUUAACACACAGCCACCCCGCGCCUUUUCAGGGCCACGAGCUCGAGAGUAUAACCCCUAUCCUUAUUCCGACACAAUUAACACUUAUGACAAGACUGCCCUCAAGGAAGCAGUUUUUGAUGAUGACAUGGAUCAGCUUCGGGAUGUACCCAUUGACCAUUCAGAUUUGGUGGCUGAUCUUCUGAAAGAGCUCUCUAAUCACAAUGAGCGGGUGGAGGAGCGGAAAGGAGCUCUCCUGGAACUGCUGAAAAUCACAAGGGAGGAUAAUCUUGGAGUUUGGGAGGAACAUUUUAAAACCAUUCUGCUCUUGCUCCUGGAAACACUUGGAGACAAAGAUCAUUCAAUAAGAGCAUUGGCACUGCGAGUCCUUAGAGAAAUCCUACGGAAUCAGCCAGCAAGAUUCAAAAACUACGCAGAAUUGACCAUCAUGAAGACACUGGAAGCACACAAGGAUUCCCACAAGGAGGUCGUCAGAGCUGCUGAGGAAGCUGCUUCUACCCUGGCAAGCUCCAUCCACCCUGAGCAGUGCAUCAAGGUGCUUUGUCCUAUCAUUCAGACUGCAGAUUAUCCAAUUAAUUUAGCUGCCAUCAAGAUGCAGACAAAGGUUAUUGAGAGGAUUUCCAAGGAAUCAUUGCAUCAGCUCCUUCCUGAUAUUAUUCCUGGAUUGUUACAGGGUUAUGAUAAUACAGAGAGCAGUGUCCGUAAAGCUAGUGUAUUUUGCCUGGUGGCAAUUUAUUCAGUAAUUGGUGAAGAACUGAAACCUCAUCUCGCACAACUCACAGGAAGCAAGAUGAAGCUACUAAACUUGUACAUAAAGAGGGCCCAAACUACCAACAGCAACAGCAGCUCCUCUUCAGAUGUUUCAACGCACAGUUAAUGGAGAUAUGUGGACAUGUGUAGACUUAGAAGCAAUCAACGGUGCCUCUCAGAGACCUUUCUGCUACUCUUCACUGGCGCACUUCAUCAGCUAAAGGAGGCCAUGCAGUUAUUUAUUGCAAUCAGUAUUCUAGUCCCUUAAAGCUUUUAUGUAAAACCUUACUGGUAUUGAAUGUAAAGGAAGCAAGGUCUGUGUUGCAGUCUUCAUUAAAAGUGAACAACAGAAAGCCAUACUUAAACAUAUUGUAUAGCCUGCUGAAAUCUUGGAAAUAUGUUUAGGUUAGCAUUCCAAAAGAGUCAAAAAAAAAACCUGGACAUGCGUAAAAGUUAAACAAAUCUUGGUUUAGUUCAUACCCAGUUUUGGUUUCUGUGCGCUAGUUACUGCUCUUUCCCUGUGGCUGCAGCCUUUCUGGCUAGGAUCUCCUCUUACCAAGUCCUGUGGUCCUGUUUUGUACUUCCUAUCGCAGCUUGCCUAAUGUGCAGGGUUCUCCAUGAGGGGAUCUUUGCUGAUGUGGCUGUGGUUCCAGCCUCUAAUGCUUUAAUACUGAGAUAUCAAGUGAGUAAUGAAAAAGUAGGUUCUUUUUAAAUAUCUGAGUUUUUUGUAUAUAGUUCUUCUCACAGACCUCUGAUGGCUGAUCUCUCUAACUGCUCUCCAGCCAGCUGUGCUUUGUAGAGCAACUGGGCUCUCACUACCUUCGUUGACUGUGUAAAUAUUUCCCCUCUCCCAACCCAUUUGGCUCUUUCAUGUGCUCGAGACUUUUCAGGUUACUUGUUACUCCCCAAAGGGAACCUCAGAUACUGUUCUGAGACUGGUGCCUGCAUUCGGACAUGAGCUCAGUGGGUGUUGAAUUGGGCUUGGGUGCAUCCUUGGGUGGACAGUCAGAGCUGGCAAGGCUGUAUUGCAGUGCUGCCUUGUGAGGCUGGCUGUGUUUUUCCUAAAGUCUGUAGUGUCAAAGGACUGAUCUGCCACUUUGACCAGGACCUAUUGAUGUUGAUGGUAAAUGGCUAUAUCCACACAAAUCCAGUGUGCUUUUGGCAGACUGUUCAUCCAAGAGGACAGAAAGGGAAUCUGAAGCUGGACAAAACAACCCUGUGGAAGCUGAGGGUUGGCUGGGAUAGUGCUGCUCACCUGCUGCUGUUUCUGUCUUGUGCCCGAAGAGCCUGCAGUGCUGUCUUCUGCCUUUAGAAACCUUCUUCCCAGCCAGCCCCACGCACAGCCCUACUGGGUGCUUUGCAUUUUGGAGGGAUGUGCUAGACUGUGACACAGACCAGGUAAGAGCCAAACCAGCAGCAGCAGGUACCCCACAACACCGUCCUGCUCCAGAGUUCUGUUGGCAGUGGCUGAGUUCCUGCUGCCUGUUUCUGAGGGGAGCAGGAGGAUGCUUGUGCUGCGUUUGGCCCUAGGCUGGAUCCUGGCUGACAGACAGGCCCACCCCAACCUGCCGUGGAUGAGAACUGGGUUUUUUCCCCCAGUGGCAGUGAUUGCAGGAGCGUGACUGCAGUGUGUGUUCCCUGGCUGCUCUCAGUGCCUUGGUCUCUCUGCAGCCCACUUCAUUUCCCCUUUGAGGAGCUGAAGGGACACCUUGGUAGCAGACUCAGUGGCAGCAUGUGAGCAUUGCUGAAACUGCAGCAAGGGGAGCACAGCAAGCCUUGCAGCCCUCCCUCUUCAUCAGUUUGUGCUCCUGUGGCUCAGCCCCAGCCAUGAGGAGCUGUGCUGGGAGGUGCUGAUUGGUGCAGCUCCAGAAGGGCUGAGGUUUGUGAGGGCUGUUUGGGGCUGGGCUGCAAAGCUUUUCCAGCCUCUCACCUGGCUGCCGUGGGAGCGGAGGUGACCUGUUCCUGAGGUCAUCAGGAUGAGUCUAGGCUUGGGCUGGCUGCAGGGCUGAUCCCUCUUGUCCCCCAGUGCUGUGACAGGAGGGGAACCUUGUGGUCUGGUAGUGGGAUUCCUCCAGGCCCUGUCUGCUGGCUCAGAAGAGCCAUCCUUGCUUUGGAGAGGAUUGGCUGCUCCAUGGUUGGUGUUUCCCUGUCCGUGGACCAUUCCUUUUCAACACCUUUCAGUAUGCUUGUUAGAGUUUUGUGCUUGUUUUUUUUUUUUUUUAAUUUUUUGAAUGAUUCAAAUUAUUUUAGUUUAAUGUGAAUUUAUUUUCCCUUUUGAGGAAAUGUUCAGCCAACUUGUUGGCAGCAGUUAGCUGUCUUGUUUGAAUAUUAGUAGUGGGUUUGGGGGGGUUCCUUUUUUUUUUUUCUUUUUUUUUUUCAAUUUUUACUCCUAACUGCUUACUAUUUACGCCUCUCUUUCUCCCCAUCUCAGUUCACCAUCUUCUGUUCCAGUCCUGGGGUUCAGCAGUCAGCAUAGCUGACCACAUGGCGCUUAGUUCCUCCCAGCUGUGAUGGAGCUUUUGGGGUUUGUUUUUUUGUUUUGUUUUUUGAAUGGCACACUGUAGCAAACCUCCGGGAAUUGAAUUCCUUCUCAAAUGAUUUUGUGUUUUAUAAAAUCCUGUUAGUAUGCACUGAGAGUGAACGCACUGUAAUGUCCCUGAACUGACCCUGGCGCCUGCGCUGACACUAAAGGAGGAGUUAACAGCUCGUCCUGUGGAAAUAGGUGUGAAAUCUGCCACGUUCUGUGGCUGCAGAGGUGAGCGCCUGUUUCUCAGAUACCAUUGGCACACUUGGGGCUGCAAAGUAGUAGAACCAGGCCUUACUUUCGUAAUCAGAUUCCGUUCCGUUUGUCAACAGAUGCUCAUUGUGUUCCUUUCUUUCAUUAUGUGAGUCAGUCGAGGACUGUUCAUCCUUUGAGUACUCUAGAAGUAUGUUAUACCUGUAUACAGUAGGGGGCAUUCUGCUUAGGUAUUUAUAAAUCAUUGCGUAUAAUGUACAUAGUAGGGUUGUUUAGUAUGUUGAACAUGAUCUUUUUUUUCCUUUGAAGUACUCAAAGGGCUAGCUCUGAAUGUCACCUCUCUGAUCUCCAACAUUCUGACUUCAAACAGCUGUACAAUCGUUUUGUUCUCUCUUCAGCAAGCAUAAAGGUCUCUGGCUACAGACCGCAGUGUCCAUGCAUGGUUGCAGAGAACAAUCUGCAUGCAGGCAGUGCCUCACCGCACCGGUGAAGCUUGUGUUCACCCUCUCCCAGCAGUAGCCACCUACUGCAGCUGCCUUUUUUUCCUUGCUGCCCAUUAUGCAGGGCUUCAACUUUUCAUACUUCAAAAAAAAAAAAAGUGUAUGUUUUUUUUUUUUCUUGCCCACCAUGCUUUAAGUCUGAAUGGGAGAGAACUCUCAGCAGACAGCGGCUCCUGCCUGCAAGGUUGCAGAAAUAUCUCAGAUGUGUUUUUCUGCCAUUGGCUGCGCCGGUGCUCCGUGGGCAUGGGCGAAUAUGGAUCCAUCUGCCCCCUGGUCUGCGUACCGUAGUUCUCAUGUAGUGCAGAAUUAUUGAGGCAUGUGGCUUUCUUAAGGUACACUAUGUGUGCUUGCCUGGAUUACAAUACGAGACUGUCUUUUUUUAUCGCUUACUACUAGCUUUCCAAUAACCUCUAUAAGUAACCUAACUCACAACUUUGUCAUCCGACCUUUUCUCCCCACCCCUUUAUUUAUCAAGCAUAAUAUUACAUGCUAAGGGACAAGAAAAUAGACCUUUGUAGAAUACAGCAGAACAAUGUUGCUAACAAUGUUUGAAAUGGGAAUUAAAACCUCUCUAAAAACGCCAGCCUUGAGAAAUGACUUUGUUGGCACCGUGUUCAUGCGCAUGUAUUUUUUUUUCAAUUUUUUCUGCUUUUGUCAUGUUUCAUCCAUAUCUGUAUUUAUAUCUUGUUUGUUUCACUUUUGAGUGUAUCAUGGCAAUUGUACAGAUGUUUUUUGUUAACAUUUACGUGAUAGAAUUUGCUAAAAAAAAAAAUAAAAUAAAAUAAAACCUUUUGAGUUUGCCCUAGAGCAAGUGGAAUUUAGGUUGUUUUCAGGGGAGGAGCGCUAAUGGAGGCACGUUAUCCAGCACGUCUCCCACUCCAGCAGCCUUUGCUUGUAAAAGAUUUGCUCUCUGUGAACCUUUUGCUUCUCAAGGAUUCGCUGUCUGUGUUGAAAAAUACACUGAACCUUUUGUCAAAGGGCUGCUGGUGCCUCGUGCAGAUGGACCUCCUGUGGUGUGUGCAGGAACAGGGGCCAGACCGCAGCUCUGGGAGUGGGGACUUGGCACAUCUUGGAGAUGGAGCUCUGUCCUGGUGGAGCAGCCAUGGGACUGCAGUGCCAGGCACCUGUGGCUCUUAGAAAGAGGACAGAUGACAGAGCGCUCUUGUCGGUGUUUUGUAGCUCUGGAUGUGGGCUUAAUUUUGCCUUAGAGCUGUGGGGGCUUUGGAAAAGCUCUGAAGUCUGAGGCAUCACAAAUGUGGUUUGAGAUGAGCAGCCUGGACAGUUGGAUGUCACUAACAGUGUUUAAAGGGUCAGUCCUUGGAAAACCCUCUGGGAGGGCUUAGUAGGGGACCAUCCUGCAGAUGCAAAGCAUCUGUGUACCAUGCCUGGCUUUCACUGGCUCCUUGUUCUGUCACUCAGAGUGAACACUAAGAUGGAGACGUGGCUCUCUGAGAUGCAGCUACAGCAAGUGAGGAGCCCAACUGGAGCGUCCUGUAGCAAUUUCUCCAAAUGGAUUACAGGAGCAGAAGAACAAUUUGCCUCUUGGUUCCUGUCUGUGACUCCUGCACAUGCCAAAGUGUGUUGUGGAGGGAGACAGAGUGCUUUGACAAGGGGAUGUUCACCAAACAGUCUCGCAAUAUCUCUCCUUGCAGCUUUUUUGUCCAAAGUGCCCCUAAACUACCUGACUGCUUCUCAGAUGGGGGAUGAGGGAUGACUGAUUGCUGCUGGGGAUGUUCUUGCUGGGCUCUCCUGCACUGCAAAAUUGCUGCUGGCAGUGAAAGGCCACGAGUGUGUUCCUGGUAUAUCUCACCCUGCCCUGCAGGCUCUGACAGCUGGUCUCCCUGCAUGCUGGCACCGUGCAACCACGUCCCUGCUAUAGGGGAUAUACCAAGGAGCUGCUAAGCACAUACAGACUAAGGGCCUCAUCUUCAUUUUCUCCAGUUAAAGAAUGAGAUGUUUGGGCUUAAAGCUGCUGGGAAAGCAUACCAAGAGUGAACCCAUCUCCUUGGGCCAGGAGCUCAGUGCCAUGUGUGAGCAAGACAAGGGGCAGCAGGAAGGAACUGCUCAGGAGCUGGGAGAAGGAAAAACAUCGCCCGAGAGCAGCCAAGGGAGCAUGAGGGCAGUGAGAACCAGAAUGAGCUGACAUGGGAUCGGGGGGAUUACAGGGUGUAGAGAGGGGU